AUUCGUGAUUCACGGAUCAUUCAAGAUUCAAAUUAAGAAAUGCGAGGUGCCUAUCACUUAUUUGGUUCGCACUGCCUCCGCCAUCCAACCUUCUUUCCUAGACUCGCAACUGAGCCGCGUAUCGCGCUGCGCACGUUGAUCCACAUCACAGAUCGUGCUCGCGGUCGGGCAGCUCAUCCAGAUGGAGCUCAUAACGCGAGCUCCUUACAAGCCUACCUGCGUAUCUUAGCUCGCCGCGCCACAUUGGCGGAUCAUCGUCAUGGCGCCAGUUACCACCGCGCCAUCAUCAGCGCAGGGAUCUGCUCCUCUGCUGUCUCUCGCAGGCUCAGCUGGAAUGCAACCAACUGCUCCUCUUCCUUCCCCAACGCCUUCGCCGGGCGUUGGAGCAGCGAGCACAGGAACAGCCACCCCAUCCUCUCUCUCUCGUUUGACGCUAGGUGAUAAGUUGCUGCUGGCUCAAGCAGUGCACCAUGUCGGUUCAGUGCCUCCCGAUUGGGCUCGAGUGAGCGCUCUGGUGCUCAAUCACCCACUCAUCAAGACUUCUGCCCGCAUUGAGACUGUCUCUAAAGCCGGCUUCACUCUAGGAAGGGUGUUUGGCAGCAGGGAAUGCGAAAGGGCUUGGAUCGCGCUCAUGCGCAUGUAUGGUCUCGUUUACCAGCCUGGAGAGACUCAAGCUCAAUCCCAGUCGCAAAGCAUGACUCAAGAGGACGAGGAAGGCAACGCUGUGCAGACCACACCCAAGAAUAAGGAAAGCCGUGCUGCAGCACCAAAAACGGAUAAGACUAGCCAAUUGCAGUUGGCUCAACUGCUGUAUGCCGAGCGUCUACUCGAGCUGAGAAAUCAGAUCAAAGAAAAGGAGGACAAAUUUCGAGAGCUCGUACAGGAAGUCGAAGCCGUCAAGACGGGUGCUCGCGACGAUGCAUUACGUGCCGAGCUGGCACUCAAAGAGGCUAGCGAGCAUGAUGAUGGGGCAAUCAGUGCUGCAAAGGAGAGCGUCGUUCAGGCGGACGGCGACGCUGAGGCUGUUGUCGCGUCGAACGAGGUCAAGACUUCCACAACCAGCACCACGGCUGGCCCUGCACCGUCAAAGCCUGCACAAAUCAGCGCAACGGAAGCCGAGGCCCACGAAGCUCCGGAACGAUCCACAGACUCGCCCGAACAGACCUCGGAAGCACCUCCUGAGCCUUCGGCGCCAGCAUCCACCGCCAUGGUGGACACUGCCAUCCCCAAGUCAGCCGCUGCGUCCCCUGAUGAAGGCGCCGCUGCUGUUGUGAAGCCCGCCGAAACGAGCAUUGCAGGACCUCAGAGCAAGAGACCGAUACCACCUCCUAUCAAAACGUCGACUUCGUCAGCCGAGCAACCGGGCGCCAUUCCCGCUGUCGUACUGACGCAAGAUGGCCCGAGUACCCCAAAAGCGAGCCCACGGCAGAGGACUGUGACGGAUGGCUCUUCGCUUGCGAGCCCUGCACCGUCUGUGUCUGCACUUCGACGUCGAUCCGGGACAUUGUCAGGUUCCCGUAGCGCGUCCCCCGCAGCCACCGACGAUCGAUCACAAAGCGCGUCACGACAAGAAGAGGCGUCAGGGAGCAAGGAAACGCGAUCGGAGAGCGAAGCUACGAAACACGAGGAGCGACACGAGUCCUCUCCGUCCAGGCCGACCCCUCAGCGGGCUGGUAGCAGUGUACAGAAGAGAAAGAGAGCUGCGGAGGCUGUGGAUAUACCGGCAACGAGAGAUGCUGAGCAGUCAGCGCGAAAACGCACUCGCGCGUCGACCAAUCGACCGGUCGAAACGAUUGCCGAGGAUACUGUCGCUGAAGCGGAAGAACCGCCUACGCCCACUGUGGGUAGGCCGCGAAGGGGCGGCAGGACCGACUCGUCAUCCAGAGAUGUGGAAGGUGAUCUCGAGAAAAUUCAGUCUGCGACAAGCGCGAGCACUCCGGCUCCACCGUCAACCCCCGGGCCCUCCAAGCAGUUGAGGCGUAGCGGAAGGGCUUCUUUGGCUGGCGACGAGUCUGUGCCACCUACGCCGGUGAGCGCAGGACCCACGCGCAGCACACGUUCUCGCAAGGCAAGCCCGAGCGAGACUCGCGAGACCGUGACCAAAGUUGAGAGCGAAGAUGAGCAGCAACGAGCUUCUGCGACUCGCGAAAGAUCUCAGUCUACGAUUGGUCUCGAGGAGCACAAGGAGAAAGAAGAUGCAGCAACCCGCGCUUCGGUCAGUCUAUCGCCCGUCUCUUCGAGGAGGCCGUCCAGAGGAGGUGGAAGAGGCAGGGCUUCGUCUGUCGCCUCGAGGGACAGUGGAAGAGAGAGAUCGACUGGACCUAGUGCGAAAAAGGAUGACAAGGAAAAGGCGAGGAGGAAAAAGGAAAAGAUGCUGCUGAUGCUUUUGGACGAGGUUUCGAACCAUACGCACGGCAACCUGUUUCACAAUCCCAUCAAGGAGCAGGAUGCGCCCGACUAUUACCAGCUCGUGAGACAUCCGCUGGACCUCAAGACGAUCCGUUCCAAAGUCAAAGACGGUCAGAUUGUCAACUCUGCACAACUGAGAAGAGCCUUGAAUCACAUGUUUGCCAACAGUCUGAUCUAUAACAGGCCGGGCACAGAGGUGCACCGCAUGGCCACGGAGAUGCGCGAUGCGGCAGAAGGCAUGGUGGAUCAAUUCGAGCAGACUCAGCAAAUGUCUAGAAGGUAGACGCGGAUCACGCUUCCCUCCGCUUUACUUCCUCUGCACAAGCAUCAGCACACAUCAUGUCACUGAUGGCUUUGGAGCUUCAUCGAUUGAUGCUGAAGGGUGGUAUACUAUGAAACAAGAUGAAAUAGCGUGAAAGUCAAGUUGCAAAUGAAAGGCCAUCGUCAGAGGAUG